AUGCCAAAUAUAUGGCAAGUGUUUAGCUAUGAAAAAGUGGCCAAAUAUUUAUCAUAUUCUUUCUUAUUACUCCUCAUUUGGGCCACACUUUGGUCGCUCACCGGAGCGGAAGCCCUCCCACCCGAUGGCUAUCUCUUCAACCUCUUAGUGGUGUUCACUUUGGCCGUCAUAUUCGGACAAAUACUCGAAUGGCUGGGACUGCCGGCGCUCUUAGGGAUGCUUAUCAUUGGCUUCCUAUUGGGAAACCUCUUCGACAUGACUCUAAACAAGAGGUUAUCAUCAGUGCUGCGAUCGCUAGCGCUCGUCAUAAUCCUGUUGAGGGCGGGCCUGGGAUUGGAUCCCAAAGCUAUCGUCAAGCUAUCGGCCGUAUGUCUGCGCCUGUCGUUCAUCCCAUGUCUGGUCGAGGCGGUGACCGUAGCCCUCGUCUCCCAUCUCUUACUGGGCUUCCCUAUCGUCUGGGGAUUCCUAUUGGGCUUCGUGUUGGCAGCCGUCUCCCCGGCAGUGGUGGUGCCCGGGCUGAUAGGCCUACAGGACCGGGGCUACGGUGUGGACAAAGGUGUGCCGACUCUAGUGAUCGCCGCCGCCAGUGUUGACGACGUGUUGGCCAUCACUGGCUUCGGCCUCUGUCUGGGACUCGUGUUCGACAGCCAGUCCUCCAUCGCGUGGAGUGUAUUGAAAGGACCGGUGGAGGCGAUGUCGGGUGUGGCCUACGGAACACUCGCGGGACUCAUCCUAUGGUAUAUCCCUGCGAAACGCGAGUCACAGGCGCUGAGGAUUACUAUACUAUUGCUGUCGGGAGUGUUGGCGCUGUUCGGCAGUAUAGCCACUCAUAUGGGCGGCGCCGGACCCCUGGCCUGUCUGGUCGUGUCG